AGGUGACACGCUCCUCGCAAAGGUUGCGCGCGCUCGGAGAGUCCUCAUCCCACAGCGAUCCGUCUGUGACGAGCGGUCUUAACAGGAAGCGACCACUGGAUCUGGAUUUGAACAAGACACCCCCUCCCUCGCCUGACCACCAACGACGCUCUGUCCGAAUCGAGAAGCGCGGCUUUGAUGCAGCGGGCAACUGGAAGGACGUGGAAGUUUAUUACAACAAGGUUACCGAUCCUGGGCAUCAAAAAGUCUUGAAAGAGGCGAUCAACGCGUGGGCCAAGGAGAAAGAGCCAACGAUGAGUAGGAUCAAGCUCAAGCACGGCCUCAAGGAUGUCCAUAAUCGCAGCCUUGGCUCCUUGUCAGAAGCCACCAUCCAGCACGUGUAUGCCGCAGGCAUUGCGUGGGACGACAAGGCUCGACGCCUGCCAGGGCACUAUCGCGUGCCCAGCGACAGCACCGGGACCGCCUUCUACCCCAAGACGCAUUAUCCGAUCUACCUGCAGAAGGGACAGAAUUACGACUAUCACAUUGUCGGAAAACAUCACAUGAAAGUGACUGGAGAUGGGACAGUACCACCAGAUCACAUGCCAGUUCCUGCAGAAGAGCGUGCACCUAUCUCAUGGACGCCUGGUAAUCACGACAGGCCCUGGCUAAAGUCUUUGUCCAAGUCUACGCCCUCUGGCAGCAAGGCCAGGCGAGAGAGAGAAGACUCUCCAACCAAGGCGGCUUUCAGAGCACGGAGAAAAUUUUGGGAGAACUCGGGCGUUGCAUCUGAGAGGCACGGCGCUGCUUUCAAGCCAAAGCUAAGGAAGAGACCUUUAAAGGAGCCCCAGAUGACGGAGGCAGACGCGCACUACGUUCCGCCUGCAGUCGUGGACACUUCUGGUGGCGUUCCGGAGCGCCGCAUAGCAGAAACACACCGCUCUCAGACGAGUGAAACGCCGUCGUCUUCAGCCACGUUGCAUAAGUCGCCGUCUUUGCCGACAUCGAUCGAGAGGCCGUUGACGGCUUCGUCUAUGGAGCUAUCAGUUGAGAAAACAGGUACAUCUGUGUCGAGUCAAAAGCCGUCCACCGCCUCAUCGGGACAGGAGAUCUCCGGGCCUGAAUUCCGUAACAGAACGUCCCGAUCCACGUCGCCGACUUUGCUCCCAACCCCUGCCUCGACUCCUGCGAGUGCAGCUACUCCCGAGAUCGUCGAUCAUUUGCCAAGCGUUCCCAAACGGCCACGCACGCCUCGUUACCUCGUGGCUGAGGAGCCUGCCGAGCAAGGCCAUGUGCAGCGCAGUGGCAGCUCGAGUGUUGAUGGACCCUUGCGCGCCACUCCAGUCAGUCCGACUCUUUCACAACAUGGACCCGACCAUCAGUCGCACAGUGGCGCGCACCUGCGUCGGCGAGCGCUUCCUCACGCUCAUCCUGUCGAGGAUAAUAUCGCCGUACUAUUUCAAGACAAGGUCAAAGGCAAGGAACAUCAGCUCGCGCUCGCAGAGAGCGUACGACAAGCAGCUCUUUACAAUCCGGCUAUCAAACAAAUUACGGUCGGUGCAGCUGAGAUUCAGCAUCGAGCCUCUGCCCUGUCACGUAUUGCUGAAUGCCCUUGUCCACUACAUCGCGUCCAGAUCAAAGCAGGCUUUACUACGCCUCGAGCGGAGAAUGAGAGGGGCCGCCUUUUCGCCUUGGGUGCGGCCUACGACAAAUUCGGUCAAAGGUUGAAAGGACCACGUCAGGUUCCGGGCGCAAAUCCAAAACUUUACCCGAUCUACCUCGGCAAGGAUGUACCUCAUGUCUACACGCCAGAUGCGAAUCGUGGGCUGCGCCAGCCUUUCGUCGGGACCGGAAUGUACCCAACAGAGCAUGUGCGAUCCGGAUCCACUCCUGGGGAUGUUUGGAACAGGCAUAAAUCUGACGGCUCACAAACCGCACUGAUGUUGGCUGAGAAGGGUAUUCCUAUCAAGGGUAGACACAUGAAAAUUUCUCGCAACGUUCCAUACGGCGUCGUGCACGACAGCCAUCCUCCCACACCUACCAAAGACGCGCUAUGGCUCCAGCAUUACAAGCACAUCAUUUCGGAGCCUGCCAGCAAUCCUGCUGGCCAACCGAGUGCACGGGAAGGCGUGCAGCCUGCCAGUGGUGGCAAGAAUCGUGAUUCAAGCACUGCUGGCGAUGAGGCGCGCUCAAGUCAGUCCGAGGAGCGCGCUCAUGUAGCCGGUGCAAGCGACGGCGCCCGCUCCAAUGCUUCCAUUGAGGAGUCUGCUGCGACCGUUCACCAUCGCGGGAGUAGUACCAACGAGCGCUCCGCUCCAGCUAGCGCCGGCAACAGCGCUGCCUCAGCUCACGCACACGAGCGCUCCGGUCCUUCUAGUGCAGGAGAGAGCUCUCGAUCGAUCCACGUUUACGAGCAACAUACUGUAGGUAACACCGCCCCGUCGCCGGGUCACACGCUUCAAGGCCCGAACCUCUUGCCAGACGACACGAGAGUGCCUAAGCGAGCCCGCACGCGAAAGUACAAGUUCAUUGACCUCAACAAAUCCCGCGAGACUGCAAAGGCCGCUCCGGCCUGAAAUCGAGGCGACCAUAGCUAUUGUUGCAGCAGCAUUGGAGGAAAACGUGCGCAUCGCAGGGUCUUCUGAUCACUGCCUCCAAACCACCUGUAGUAAGAUUCAAGCGAGCCACAAUUGGCGAACAAAUGUCUUUAUUCUCGCUGCGGACCGCACACCAAGAGCGGU